UCUGCAAGUACUUCUCCCUCUUCAAAAGCAGAACCCAAUUAAUUUUCUAUGUUGUUUUUCUUCUCAAACAAUUGAGAGAAGCCAUUUCAGCCUUCUACUUAGUUUUCACCGUCCUCAGAUGUUCAGUAUUCAUUGCUUCAACUGAAGAAAAUCUAUUCCUUAAGUUGUCUGAUUCGAAAUAUGUCGACUUACUGGAUGUAAAUUGACUCUUUUGUCACCUUCUCUCUGGUGGGGACCCAAGUUGGGUAACUUGGAGGAAAGUUUCUGUUCUUACAUUGGUUGAGAUUGACUCCAGUUGGGUUUUCCUGGUUCGAUCUUGUCAUCUCGUCUCACUUCUCCUAUAUAUAAAAUAAUGGACAAGGAAGAAAGCUACUCGGCGGGUCUGCCGACGGGCUUCACAGGUCUAGAUUACCCUCUAGACCACUAUCACCAUCCACUGAAGCAACGGUUUGGUGAUCAGAACUCCGGCGACAACAAUACCGGAAUGGUGGAUUACAUGCUGAACAAUCCUCCACCUCCCCAAAUGUCUUCUGGCUUCUGCAGUGCCACGUCUCUCGAUAGAUUGAGCUUCGCCGAAGUUAUGCAAUUCGCCGACUUUGGACCCAAAUUGGCCGUGAACCAGGCCAAGCUAUCCGAUGAGGAAAACGGGAUCGACCCAGGUUAUUUUCUCAAGUUUCCAGUGUUGAAUGACAAACUGCAGGAUCAAAGCCUUUUUAUUAAUCCUCCACCGACAGCAAAUGAGGAAGAAAAAUUCAAAGCAAUCGGGAAUGUAGCAGAAAGUAAGUUAACAAUGGCGCCUGAUCAGGAAGAGGAAGUAGAGGAAGAAGGCCGUGUGUCUGAGAACAACUCGGUGCAGCUCCAUAUUCUCGUAGGAAAUAAUAGUCAGACGAAAAGCCCUGGAGCUGAAGCAAAGAACCGACGCAAGAGGCCGAGGACGGUGAAGACGAGCGAGGAGGUCGAGAGCCAACGUAUGACUCACAUAGCCGUCGAACGUAACCGAAGAAAGCAAAUGAACGAGCACCUACGAGUGCUCAGGUCUCUCAUGCCGAGUUCAUAUGUUCAAAGGGGAGAUCAAGCCUCCAUUAUAGGUGGAGCCAUUGAGUUCGUAAGAGAAUUGGAGCAGCUUCUUCAAUGCUUAGAAUCUCAGAAGCGCAGAAGACUGUAUGGGAAUGGUACUGAACCUCCACGACCUGUGGAUGACACACCUUCGCUAGCAAUCCAGCAGCCUCAGCCACCAUUCUUUCCUCCUCUGCCGGCCUUCCCCAAUGACCAGAUGAAGCUUGCUGAAUUCGAAGCAGCUGGACUCCGGGAAGAAACAGCAGAAAACAAAACGUGCUUAGCCGACGUCGAAGUGAAGCUCCUGGGAUUCGACGCCAUGAUUAAGAUACUCUCUCGAAGAAGACCCGGUCAGCUCCUCAAAACAAUUGCCGCCCUCGAAGAUUUGCAGCUCAAUAUCCUCCAUACCAACAUUACCACCAUUGAACAAACUGUUUUGUAUUCCUUCAAUGUCAAGGUUGCAAGUGAGUCAAGGUUCACGGCCGAGGACAUUGCGAGCUCAGUUCAGCAGAUAUUCAAUUUCAUUCAUGCAAGUACUACUACUACCACCACCAUAUAAUAUGUAAUGUAAUCUUGUGAAUUAAAGAAGAUGGGUCUGUGUUUUCUAUUGAUCCUAUUUUUUCUUUUAAUAGUUUGCUUUGUUGGGGGCUUGGAUUUUCAUGAUCUGGGUUUGUGGGGGGAACUGGGGGGAGCUUGUUUUCUUAGUGACUUCAAUACUUGUGAAACAAUAGAAGCUUUACUUAACUAUUUGGACGUUUUGUUUGAGGAA